AUGAGUCCACACCAGAACCCAUACAACAACAUGAACUUCUGGGACUUUGUCCAGAACUUCGAUCCCAACCAGGCAACCGGCCGUGGCGUUGACCACCAAUCCGACACUCCUUUCCCUUCUUUCAUGGCCGGUUUCCCUUUUGGAGGUCCAGGAGUUGGCGCUCCCGGUCCUAACCACGGCCGUCCUCAUGGACCCCCAGGUCCUCCCCCACCUCCUGAGGCCGAUGGCUUCGUCUGGGGUCCUUGGUUCGCCGGCGAGAACGCUCCCGAGCCUCGCACUCGCCAGCAGCAAACCGAGACCCAGGACACAACUACCAAAAGCGAAAGCCGCCCUUCUGAAGAGACUCUGAACGUCUCUGACCCUGAAGAAGUUGCUCCUGAGGAGAACCAGUGCGGUGCUGGUCCUGAGUGGCCUGGACGAGGUCGUGGCCGUGGCCGCGGAGGUCCCCGAUGUGGUCGUGGAGGACGAGGUCGUGGACCUUUCCCUCAUCAUGGACCUCACCAUGGCCCUCACCACGGUCCUCACCCUCCUCCUCCUCCCUACGCCGCUCCUUUUGACUUCUCUUCUAUGUUCCGCGGCUGGGCCAGCCACCCUUUCUUCCGCAACAUGCGCGACCAAUUCCAGGAGUCUCAGAACCAAAACCCCACCACCACCAACGAAUCCUCAGACUCCUCCUUCAGCCCACCCAUUGACGUCUUCAACACCGAGAAGUCGUACGUCAUCCACGUUGCCCUUCCAGGCGCAAAGAAGGAGGACAUCGGUGUCAACUGGGACGCCGCCCGCAAGCUUCUCAAGAUCGCUGGUGUCGUCCACCGUCCCGGCGACGAGGCCUUCCUCAACUCCCUCGCCUCUGGUGAGCGCAAGGUCGGCAUGUUCGAGCGCAGUGUGACGCUUCCUCCUGCUGGAGCUGAUGAGCGCGACGAGGUUGACGGUCUGGGCAUCACGGCUAAGAUGGAGGAUGGUGUUUUGAUCAUCACUGUUCCCAAGGCCGAGAAGGAGUGGACUGAGAUCCACAAGAUCGACAUUGAGUAA